AUGAUGCAAAAGAAAGACGUCUAUACAAACAUCACCCCUCUCCCCUCCUUCAUCCCCCGUCAACUCGCCAUUGACCUAAUACACAGCCACAGCGAGAUCAUCACUCUGAACCCUCUUGUCCUCACUCACCACGCGAUCCCCGCCCCGCGGGAUGCCCCAGCAGAUGAAUACUACUCGGCAUGGUACGAGAUCGUGCAACGCAUCCAAGUCAUGCCGGGAAUGGGCCGACUAGGGUCCAGCAAGAUCAGCUUCCGCGGCUGCUUUCACAAUGUGCCGUGGGGUGUGCAAACGCACAUCUAUGCACCCAUGGGCAUCGACCUGCGCCAUAACUACCGAAUCGGCGGGAACCAACCCGGUGAACCGCCUGAGUCGCGGGAGUUGGGUCUUGAUAUCCCCGCUGAGGGACUGUAUCUGCGUGAGGAUAUCCAGAUCCGGUGCAAUUUCACCAUGAUGCCCUUCGUAAGGGGGACGCUCAAGUCCGCGACGAAGGUGUUGGUGGAUCGGUUGAUCAGGAAGGCUGAGCUGCUUGAUGCGGGCGUGCUGCGCGCCAUGAUGGAGGAUGGGAGGUUGAAGACAAUUAAUCCCGCUGAUCGCACAGCUGAGUCACAGAAACGGUUGUGGAAUUUGGAGUUGCUGGCAUCGUCGCCGACGACGAUGCAGGAGUUUCCGGCUUCACCGACUGGUUCUAGAGUGUCGUCAUACGGGCUCGAUGAGAAGCCAUAUCCCUCUCUGCUGCUACCCAGCACUAGGAAGCCAUUUACCAGUGAGCUUCCGGGUGAUACGCAUUUUCAGCCUUAUCACCAUCAGGGCUCGAGGAAUUCACGGUCAACGUCAUAUGCGCCUUCAAGUUCAAGUGGGAGGCAGUCAGCUCUGAUAGCAAAAGGACUUCCUCUCGCUGCCGAACUUCCCACCAUGCAAGAGCGAGACGAACGUGGAAAGGAAUGA